CAGAGACAGACAGACAGACAGACAGACAGACACCUCAUCAUCAUCAUCAUCAUCAUCAUCAUCAUCAUCAUCUCACCCAUCUAGUGUCUGUGAUCCAUCCUACCUUUCUUCGGCCCAAUCUCCGGCCUGUUCUUAAGCAUGACGGGCCCCCAACUGGUGUGGAGCCAAGCCCUCCGCCGCCGCCGUCACUUGUCCUAAUUGCCGUGAUCACGCCUAAUCUGCCCGUACCAUGGCGGUCGAAGGCUCCGAUCUGGACCCGUGGGCCUACCUGGCCCGCCUGGGCGUGCAAGGGCGCGCCCCCACCCACCAGUUCUUCCUGGACGGGGAUGCGGUCUGCGCCAUGCGCACCGUCACCUACCUGACCCAAGACGAUCAGGAAGAGUUCCUCCACCCCGACCUCACACCCUUCCACUGUCCGGCCCCGGAAUGCCCACUAGACACGCCCUUCCGACAGCUGCACGCCUUCGAGACGCACUACGCCUCGGCCCACGCCCACAACUGCCAGGCCUGUCCGGGCUUGACACUGCCCUCGGCCCAUUUGUUGGCCUUGCACGUGGCCGAGGCCCAUGAUGCCUACUUUGCCGUGAUGAGUGAACGACGGGCCUCGUUUGAGUGCUUUCUCGAGCAAUGUCCGCGCAAGUUCUGGCAGCCUCAACAACGGAAAGAGCACUGCUGGUCGGACCAUCAGUUCCUGGGGCAAUUCAAGUACUUGGACGGUUGGUGGGAUGCGGGUUCGGACUCGUCGAAGCUACCGCCGCCCCCGCGUUCCCCUAGUCUCGGGGGUGUUCGGAUGGAUUGUAGCACGACCCGGGGCUCGUGCCAACCCGCGCCGGUUAAAUCCACCGCCAGCCCUUCGUCUAUUCCUCAACCCGUAGCGCCAGCCGGAUCACCCGUGCUCUUCCGUCCCAAUCCGUCCAAAUUGCGACGACCCAUGUCCUUGAGUCCUGUCAAGCGCUCUGCUCGACCUUCACGGCCUUUAAGCGUCGCGGACUCGCCGACCAGUUCUCGCGGCCGAGAUCCCGUCACCACGCCCACUGAGCUCGAUCGAUCUCGCUUCGGCUUUCGACGUAACAGCUUAGAACCCAGUCAUGUGUCGGACUCGAAUGGCGGCAUUCAAAGACGGUUCAGUCUCACCCCCUCAGCCAUAAAGAAGCCUUUCAACCGACACAGUGUGGCCUUGGAUCAUCAAACCCUGAGUUCCGAUAUCAUCAUGGACAACUCACCGACCCGAACAACUCCAUUGUCCUUGGCUCGGAUGGGCGAACGUGGGGGUUCUUCCUCAUCUCGGAAAUCCUCCGGAGUAAGCGCCAAUUCUGUGGACCUGAGCUCGGCUGGCUCGUCCACCGUCAACUCUCCGUACUCUUCGCACCCGAAUUCCAAUCUUUCUUCGCAAAGCGGGCUAGGCAGCUCGUCCAAUAAUUCGCCGAAUAAGCGUAGUCGCAUUCCGGUGUUUCAUCGGUCCCCGAGUGUCAAAGUUCCGGCGAGCAUUUCGUUUGGUGCCAAUGUGGAGCGAGGCUUUGAGACCCCGUGGCAUCGGGAUGCGAGUGCUUCCUCGAAACAAUCAAAUCGGAACAGUUUGCAUUUGGAGCGAAGCAAUUUCGUCGCUGAGAUGCGAGGUGCCCUGGACUGUUGAGGCUCAAGUAAUCUUAUCACUGCAAUGUCUUCUAAGUCAGCCCACGUAACAUCUAAUACUCAAAAUCAACCCUAUUUGGAUCAUGUUCAACAUUCCCAGGAGAGCAACCCUAUUUUCAAAUCGAAUCACAAGCAAAGUUUUAUCAUAUCUGUUCAUUACCACUCAUAUGUGAUAUCGUUCUUUCUACUCAUACAAUAAAAAGACACGUACACAUUAAA